AUCUCAUUUUGAGUGAUAAGUUGCUGAGGAGGACUUAGGAAACUUCGGGACGAUAUAUUGCAAAGGUUGAGAAGUUAUAAGCGCACAAUACAAGAAUUCAGAGUGUUCAGUCAUAACAUAAAAUAUCAGACUAAAGUUUUAACUCAAAAUCGCGAAGCCACAGGAGUUGGUUAUAUAUUUCUACGUCAAAACUCGGUACCUAAACUGUAGACUAUAACUCCAGGUAAUCUUGGUACUUGGAAGAUAAAUUUUACAAGGUAAUAACCUUACUAUUGUAUAGCUGAAGACGUCGAGAUGGAGGACUCAUCGAACGAAGACGAAUCGAGCAGACCACUUCUCGACACACCCGAGGUGGCCGUGGUUCAACCAGAUAAAGAGAAAAAAGGUUUCGAUUCUCCCAAAGAGCAGAAAGAAGAAAGAGGGAAAGUUCCUCUGGAAGGAGAAUUAAUAACUCCUGUAGACGCCGAUCCUAUACAGAAGCGGGUUCAUUGUGCUAACGAAUCGCCUUUAGACCAUUAUUACUAUCCUGAUACCACCGAAUUUGAUAACGAGUCACUGGAAUUGGAUGUGGAUGAUCAUGCUGAAAGUCCUAUUUUAGGUUCUUCUCGAAUACCAGUCUUAGAACGUGUCAAGCCAUUCCUAAUGGUAAUGUAAAAAAAAAGCAGCUAU